AUAGCCACCUGAUCGUUGAUUUGGUUUGGGUUGCGAGUCUCGCUCUGCCUUUCGGACAUUUUCUUGCAGCUCACGUCUCAUUCCCUGUUUAUUGUCGAUAUGGCAAGCACUUUGAAAGAUUGGUUGAAGAUCGUUUAUGUGAUUUUUGCAUUCUGCUCUGCUUUCUCUUUGGGUGCUCUCAAAGGUAUGCUCGUGGGUCCUAUUGCUGGCCUGAUUAUAAUAAUUGGGAAUGUUGGGGUGAUUCUUGGUCUCUUCCCUUUCCAUGUUGCCUGGACAGUUUACACCCUUGUAAAGACUAAUAGACUUGAUGCACCCCUUAAGGUCGCUUUCCUGUUUGCUUUGCCAGUUUUAUUCGCCAUAUGGCUGGCUCUAAGCAUAGCUGGAAGUGUUCUUGUGGGAGUGGGCUAUGGUUUUUUCACUCCCUGGGUUUCGGCCUUUGAGGCCUUCAGACACGAAAAUGAGAGGUUCUGGCACUGCAUUGUGGAUGGAACAUGGGAAACUAUUCGAGGAAGUUGUACAGUGGUUCGAGAUUAUGCAGAUAUCUGCUACCAUUCAUACCCAGCCUUCUUGAAGGAGAGACGAGAAUGCUCUAGUUCAGAUGAGGUUCACACUCUUAGGUUGGUUCAUGUGCCUGGAUGUAUCAUUAUUGGGAUUUUGGGGCUUGUUGUGGAGAUUCCUCUUUAUACUGCAAUUGCCAUAGUAAAGAGUCCAUACAUGUUGUUCAAGGGCUGGCAUCGACUCAUACAUGAUCUCAUUAGCCGAGAAGGCCCAUUUCUUGAAACAGCUUGCAUUCCUAUUGCGGGUUUGACAAUCAUUAUGUGGCCUCUUAUUGUUAUUGGGAGCAUCUUACUGGCUAUUUUCUCCAGUUUUUUCAUUGGAUUGUAUGGAGCAGUUAUAGUUUAUCAGGAAAAAUCCUUCUGUAAGGGUGUAGCUUAUGUCAUUGCAAUGGUUGCAGAAUUUGAUGAGUACACAAAUGAUUGGCUCUAUCUCCGAGAAGGGACUGUCCUUCCAAGGCCCCGGUACCGAAGGAAAGGCUCUCACUUAUCAGAGCUUUCUGUUGGAGCAAGUCUUAGGGCUGGAGGCAGACUCAAUUCCAUUUCUGUGGAACCACGAGGAAUGCUUGUGCCAAGCUUAGCUCCUUCAAGAUCAGUUAGGGAAUCAAUGCAAGAAGUGCAAGUGUUCCAGAUAUGGGAAAAUGUGAUGAGGAGCUGUGAAAUGAGGGGCAAGGAACUACUGGAUGCCAAUGUAAUAGCUCCAGAUGACCUCUACGAAUGGUUAAGUGAGAAGAAUAGUAAUGAUGCAGCUAUUGUUGGUGUUGGUUUGCCUUGUUAUUCACUUUUUCAGAAUCUCCUCUUCUCCAUUAAAUCUGGGUCGGUUGGUUUAGUGAUGCUUGAUGGCGUUGAAGUCACCAAUCUGAACGUACCCCAGGACAGAUUGAUGGACUGGUUCUUUCAACCUAUAAUGGUCCUUAAGGAACAGAUCAAGGUCAUAGCACUUGGAGAGGGUGAAAUAAGAUAUUUGGAGAAAUUUAUUAUUUUUGGAGGCAAUACCCAACGAAUGGAGUCUUGGAACAAUGGCAGUUUUGUACCUGAGGAUGCUCUCAGAGCUGCUCAAAUCCAGGGCAUCACCAGAAGGAUGAUAGGAAUUGUAAGAAGCGUGUCGAAGUUACCCACAUAUAGAAGAAAAUUUCGCAAUGUUGUGAAGGCUUUGAUCGCAUAUUCUUUUGAGAAGGACGGUACUAUCAGAUCCAGUUCAGCAAGAUCUGUUGCCUCAAUUUAAUUUAUGUAGGAUGGACUUCAAUUCGUGUAAAUUAUUUAAGGUUCUGACAUCCAUCAGGUUAGAAUCAUAUCUUCAUUGUAAAUUUAUAAGUUUUUUUGAUCCUGAGUUCGACCUAUGACUCAAUGUAGCAAUGUUCAAUUUAAAGAAAAAAAAAUCCGCUCCUUUACAAGAAGAGAUUGAAAUUCA